AGGAAUAUGGUCACCUUCGCAGCACAAACUGUGCGCCCUGAGGCACUGUGGGGCCAGGAUAAAAGGCAGCCGAACUGCUGGCUCUCUCAACCACUUCUGUCACCUCCUUCUCCUUGGGAACCAGGUGAGUUGGAAGCCCCUUUCUCCUCCAGCCUCUCCACGACAGCAUUGAUCUUUCUGGCCCUUGUUCCUGCUCCCUGUUCUUCUGGGGCUGUUCUGCACUGGUGCUGGUGUGGGCAGAGGGGAGAGCGUGUGUUCUGGCCCGAGGCUGUGGCUGGGCUGAGGUGCUGAUUUUGCCCCAGGUUAGGCAGGAGCAGAGCUGGGCCUGGCUGAGCUGGGAAGGAGCGUGCUGGGCUCAGGCAAAGGAUGCCCAGGUUGGGGCUGCCCAGGCUGGAGCUGUGCAGGCAGCAGGGGCCUUGUGCUGCUGGGGGUGCCUUGCGGGCUGUGUCUCAGGUGUGCGUGUGCUCUGCUUCCUCCCUGCCCUCUGUGCCAGGUGCAGUGCCAGGCUCCAGACAUGUCCUGCUCUGAGAAGUGCCAGCAGUGUCAGCCCUGCGAGCCUUGCUGCCAGCCCUGUGGCCCCUGCCCGCUGGCCAGCAGCUGCAAUGAGUGCUGUGUCAGGCAGUGCCAGAGCUCCCACGUUGUCAUUGAGCCGCCUGCCGUGCUGGUGACCCUGCCCGGCCCCAUCCUCAGCUCCUUCCCACAGAACACCGCCGUGGGAUCCUCCACCUCUGCUGCUGUUGGCAGCAUCCUCAGCUCUGAGGGAGUGCCCAUCAGCUCUGGGGGCUUUGACAUCUCCUGCAUCACCAGCCGCUGUGGUGGCAGCAGAUGCUGUCGUCCCUGCUAAAGAUGCUGCCUCCAAAAUCCUUGGGCAAGAACCUCCAGGAGCUCGGAACCUGAUGAUGGAAUGCAGUCCGAAUGUAACAGAUAGGAUUUUGGAACUUCAGACUAUUGUUUCCUUCUUCUUCUCCUGUCUUUUUUCUCUUCCUUUCCUUUCCUGUCACCAUCUCUCAAUGCCAGCCGAGUGGGACCUGCUGGCAACCUUCCCUUAGCUACCCAGGACGUGAGGCAUGCCACUGCACCUUAGUGGCAGCCCUUGGUUGCCCUCUCUGAGCCUCCAUAUUUUCUUCUUUUGACUCAAUAAAGUUCCUUCUGCAUUCACACCUC